GCAGAUAUCUGAGAGAAGGAAAACGCUCAAGCGCAGUAAGAUCGCCGUUAAGAGCGACCAAAUCACUAUUUGCAGUGGCAUCGUCCAAGACAAACAGUCAUCUAACAGUAAUGAUACUGUUGCCGAAGGACCGACUCCUAUCGGACAGGAAAGAACGGUGGGAGAACAUACACAUGUGUCGAGCGGCCUGAAUACAUCCAACGGCAUGUUACAAUCCAAUGAGAUUCAGCAGCAGAUUUACGGCGCGUUUCUCAAAACAAUCCCGAACGAACAACAGUCAACCGUCAGUGAUGUUAUCGAAUUGGACGGAGACAUCUCCAAUCUUUUGGUUUCAGCUGUAAACACAGAUGAAACUGUUUCAACUGAUCGAUGCGAGAGCCCACAUGAAGAUGGUUUGACAAUAGUAGGAUCAGUCAGUGCCAACCAUGCAUCAGUUGUUCGUUUAUUUGAGUGUUUAGUAUUACCUUCAACGAAUAAGCUGGCCGCAAGCGAGUCAACUCUAAUUGUAAUCAUAGACAACAGUAUGAUUAGAAAGCAAUUGAGUGCUCCCCCAAGCUUAGUGCCAACGACUGCACCUGACCCAGCCCCUCCUCCAUCGAGAAAAUGGCAAGGGAUGUUACACGGUAUAUCCUUCUUUGUCUUUGUAAGUUCAUCGACUGCUGUACUCACUAACGACCAACCUUUCGUACUACUACUUGUGGCUCUCAAAAGGGGAAGAUUGCAACUUCAACGCCGAUGGCCGAUAUUACUCAGCAUAAGAAUAUCUGACGUGCAAUCAUUAUUAGCAUUCAACACUGAGAGGUAUGUAGAUCUCAUUAUAGUUGAGAACGUAAUACCAAAUUCGUCAAACCUUUGUCUGCUGAAACCGGCGGAAAAGCUUCAGAAUAGUGCGAGAGCACAUUGGGGACAUGACCUCAAGUGCUGUUCGAAAGUGAGUUUUUUGAAUGUAUACGAUAGAGGUAGCCCCAGUGUUAACAGCCACUAUGUACAGGGUAGUAAACACAGAACAUACAGACUGUUUUAUUCUACUCAAAUCCAACAAAAUUUGCGCGAUAUUGCUGAUGACCAUUUUGAACCGUGCGCUGAGGAACGAUUAGGAUGCCAGAACCGACUGCAAUGUCAAAGACGCGAGGGUGAAUGGCGAGGGUCGGCACAGUAUUUGGACAACACAGCAUAUUGCGUUACCCAAAAGAAUGUAGAAGGUAAUAAGGAGUUUUGCCAGAAAGAACUGUUGUAUACAUUGGAUCAGCGUGGAGCGAUGGGCAAGAAAACACAACUGGUCCGUCGGUUUAGCUUACAGCAAUGGUACACCGAACAAACACCUGAACAUUUUGAAGAAGAGGGAAAUUCUGGACGAAGUGGUAAAACUUUCGUAAUACGAAGAAAAAAGAAUGAUGCUCCGGUAAGUUCAACAAAUUUGCAACUAUUUGGACUAUCUGAAUCAACUGCAUUUGACAGUUGUAUUAGUGGACGGAUUUGGGGAUAUAUGUCAGAUGGAGUUCGUUGAUAUCCCAACACGAAGGCGUUUAAAUGUUUCUCUGAUUGCUUGCCAUUCACAAAUCAUCAUGACACCCGAGGUUUAUUCAGCGUACAUUAAUUUAACGGAUGGAAUACAAAAUCUGUCAUCGCUCUGGGUGAAUGCGUUGCAAAAAAAACCCUUCAGAAGGCAUGGUUGGUUAUUGGAAAUGGAAGGACGUUAUAAUCGUGAUAGCGGUUGGCGUGAAGGUCGGAUAAGAGAUACAAACUUUAUUGCUAGAAUGUUGGAAAGCUGUAUUCCGAUACAUGUCAUUUCCUUCGAUCGUGGAAACAAUGGCGAAUUAAGUUACCAGAUUACGAUUACUGUGGAUAACCUAUCUAGAGAAAUAAUAUAAGUGAGGAAGAAUUUUUGAGUUAGUCAGGUUGUUGGCGACACUGUAGUGUAAAGCAUGUCUUAUUGAAUAUAGAUGUAGCUGUUAGGUAAAGAUUUGGAUUUCAUUUAAGUUUUGGUAAAACUGCCUCUGGCCAGUGUUACGGGGGGGAGUAUGUUGCUGCCAGCACUGCUGUAUUAUAUCACAGCAACAGAAUGACAAUGUCAAACAAGCCAAAAUGUCAUGCAAUAGAAUUGAUGAUGAAAGAGAUCUGUCAAAAGGAGCCUGUAGAGUGAUAUGGAAAGUCAUGCAAUCUAACAGUUAAAAUGCUCUUAAUCAAGUGAAAGUU